UCAAGAUGGCGGCAACUCCACAAAGGUUCAAGUUGAAACAUCAAGCGCCUCUGGAUGUAUGGUCCUUGAGGGAACGAUUAUCGUUGGCAUGUUCUGUUAUGAGGAGUGGAGACCAAAAUUGGGUAUCGGUUAGUCGCGCCAUCAAACCGUUUGGAGAGAGAGAUCGUCCAAACGACUGGUUUUCUCAAAAGAACUGUGCACUUCAGUAUUCAGAGCUUCUUGAGAAGGUAGAAACACCAAAGCGGAAGCGUGGUGACCGUGGUGAGAUAGAAACCCCUGGAAACCAGAUUGUGAGGAAUUUAACAAUAGAACGAAUAGAAGAACUAAAGAGAUUAGUGCAAGAGGACCAACAAAAAUACAAGAAAAUUAAACGAGAAGUAGAGGCAGUUGAAAGUGGCCAAUGUGAUGACAGAAUUAAAGAAAUGUGGGAUGACUGUGUGGCACAAAGGAAGGCCGAGGAAGAAGCACGCGUGGCGUCAAAGAAGAAAUGCGAAGAAGAAUCUGCUGCCAGAGCUUUAGUGUUAGCAGCUCAAAAGACAAAUAAACCAUUAAUACCAGGACUGAAGUCUCCGAAGAAGAAGGAAUCAAAACUAAAACUGAGCAUCAAUCAGAGACCCAACUUCUCAGAGUCUGAAGAUACGCAGGACUCUGUCAUCUCUGAGGGAACAAAUGUUGAUGUUAUCACAGAUGAAGAACAGCCAAGUUCGGCCCUUGCUGCAGCACUAACCAGUGUCCCACCGAUGCUUGCUACACCUGGGCAAGACAAGUCCAAGACCUCCCCACCAUCAUCGCCUGUCCUCUCAUCUCUACUGAAGUGUAAAUACCAGUUCCCUGACUCGCAAAAUAUCAAAGCUGAGCAGAGUGAAUCCAGGCUAAAAGAUGAGAAACCAGAACCAGUGAAGUCGUCCCUAGAGGUUGCUGCUACAAAACCAGAACUCCCCACAUCCCCCACUGCAGGUGCGCCCACUCUCUCCAAGUUGCUUGGCACACCACCAACAACACCUUGCAAGUCAACAACAACACAUAUGGCUGCGGCCGUCUCCCAGCCAAUUAAGGAAGAAAAUAAGAAGCAGUUGAGUUCCCCAUCUGCGCCUGUUGCAGCACCUGCUAAAACUAGCAUAGUUGCGCAGGAUCAAGCAGAUGAGGAGCUGGAAGACACGACUCUUGAUGUCACUGCGUCAGAGGUUGACAUGGAAACUGAUAAACAGGUAGACACCAUUGUUGACCCACCGUCACCUGACGGUGAUUCUGAAGUUAUUGACACAAGUUCUGUGUUUCCCGAUGAUAUCAGCGAGGCCAUCAAAAAUGAGCCACCAUCACCGACUAGCAGUGUAUCAUCGCGUGUCAGUGAUGUUGCAGCCAGGAAGCAAUCUAGAAACAGUAGCAAGGGAAGCAGACGUGGCUCUACCAGAGUCACAAGGACAACCAGAAGUUCAGCAGCUGCUGAUGAUGAUGAGGGCAUCAAAGAACACCGCAAGGACAGCCUAGAUGAAGACCGCUCGGUGCACGACAAGCUGGGGCCGGGCUUGAGGCUGGACUUGGACAUAUCAGAUGAGGAGACUGUCCCAGAGAGUGACGAUGCUUCUCUUUCUACACCCAAGUUGUCUGUUACAUUAUUCAGUGAAUCCAUUCCAAACAGUCCAGCUUCUAUGUCACAGUGUAGCGACACUGAAGACGAGAAAGCGUACAGGACGUGGAAGAAGUCAAUCAUGUUGGUAUGGAGGGCUGCUGCUAACCACAAGUUUGCCAAUGUAUUCCUACACCCGGUUACGGAAGAUAUCGCACCGGGCUACAAAAGCGUUGUUCUCCGACCAAUGGACCUCUCCCUCAUAAAGAAGAAUAUUGAUUCGGGCCAGAUACGCACAACAACAGAAUUCCAACACGACAUGAUGUUGAUGUUCACCAAUGCGAUCAUGUACAAUAACUCGAACCAAAGCGUUUACAACAUGGCUACAACAAUGUAUGAUGACGUCAUGCAACAAAUCGAGCAAUACGUUCACACUCAAUUGAUGCUGCAAUCUGCUGAGGGAAAAAUAUUGAGGACGUCGAGAAGAUCUGAUGCAAGUGAUAAGGAAGAUGAUGUGAAACGCCGUAGGAUUUCUAUGGAGCAUGAAUCGGGUGGAAAGUCCAAGAGGAGAAAGACUCGAGCUGAUGACUGAUGUGAGACGAAUUCUCGCAAUGCAGUUAAAGGUUGAUGCUGUUGAGUUUGGUGGAGUUUCGACUCUUUGAUAAUGUGGAAAGAUUGUGCUUGUUGUUUGAACAUCUGUGUGGAUGUAUGGUGGAAUUAUCACCAAGCCUUCAUGCCUGAAUCUUCACUAAGCAUAUCAAGAUAAUUUCUAUUCAGAUAAUAUUUACAAUAUCUGAAUGGAGCGAGGGCUACAGCCGCACUUGAAUGUACAUGUAGACUUCUGUGCUAGGCAUGAUGUUAAGGCUUCAGAAGGUUACAUGUUCAAGGGAUAUUGAUGCAUUGUACAUGUACACUGAGUAGGAAUGCCAGAAAUAAAUGCAUUUAUAAAU